AUGUUCCAGGAUCCGCCCGGGUCCUAUGAAAUUCAAGCUCGAUCCCAGCAGGAUUUGACAGGAACCCUGACGGAUUUAGCUGGGUUAGGAUCCAGAGCUGGCUAUUUAGGAUUUAGUUCAGGUCUAUCCGGUGUUUGUAGUGAUAGUACAACGAUUACUGCAGUAGCCUCAAUACCUAGUGGUUACUCAGCCAACGUAACAGUAUUUGGUACAUUGUUCUAUUUAACACUGAGUUCAGAUAGCAAAACAAUCAAUGCUAUCAAUUCAGCUAAUUCGGCAUGUAAUGGUAUUGAAUUAUUCAAAAAAUGA